GUUCGCAAAAUGACAACAGCCUUGUGUUCCAUCGGUCUGGCCUUGUGCCUGCUCGCCUCCAUCGCCCGUGGAUGGGACUACUCGAUCCCCUACGACUACGCUGCACCUUACUACGCGGCCCCCUACUACGCGCCCCCCUACUACGCGGCUCCCAAUUACUUUGCACCGCCGCGUUACGACAUAUCGUCCUGCCCACCCACCGGAGAGGAGAGUGCGGUCUGUGCCGUGGCCCCGGGCGCACAGCCAGCGACCUUCCCCAGCCCCUGCGAAGUGGAUCACUUUAGCCGCCAGACGGGCGUAGCAUGGCAGAUCAUCUACGAGGAUAGGUGCGACAAGAUGGAGGAGUGCCCGGAGGUCUGCAAUGAUGAAUAUAGUCCCGUCUGCGCGACAUUCCAGUACUCCAGACGCACCUUCAGGAACUACUGCGAGCUGCUGCUGGUCACCUGCCGUACACAUCAUCAGUGGAAACUUGUGCAUGACCGCGUCUGUGACAGCAGAUUGCCACCUUUGUACUCGCCACGCGCUCGAACCUACAAUCCCUACGCCAUGCACGCCAUCCAGCACUCGCCCUCGUAUGGAUCCUACGGCUCCUAUCGACCACAGCCAUUGAGAAGGCCACAAACGUCGUUUGUAUCCCCGCCACCGCCGUACAAGGCGGUAGCGUACGAACCCUACGAGAUCUCUUGGGACAACCUGCCCACCGAGUAUGAAAUGAAGCAGACCUCCCCAGAGGCAUAUGUGACGACUACUCAAGCGCCAGAGACUACUACCCAGGAAGCGCAAACCACUGAGACGACGCAAUCCACUGAAACAACCGGGGCUCCGGCUGCCUCAGGGAGAUCUGCAAAAGUUUUGAGCGUUAAUGCUGUGGCCAUGGAUAAUGAAACUACUCCGGGACCCAGCUCGACGGUGGCGGUAACUAGUGAGGACACCACAGAAACAUCGCGGGAAACCAGUUCUACAGCCGCCCCUACACAGUACCAGCCGUAUCCAUAUUAUAGUCCGACCUCUACAACAGAAGAGGCUUCCACCACAGUCAAGCCCCAAGCACGAGCUAUAAAUAUCAAUGCCAUUGCAAUAGAGGAUGAAACUUCUACAGAGUCCAGCUCCACAGCCUCUUCACCGAGCUACGAGACAUAUCCAUCCUUUCCAGUAUACAACACGACUGCCCCGCCAGAACACGCUACAACAACUGCCAGACCUGCGGCACGAUCCAUACAGAUAAAUGCAGUUGCCGAAACCAUAGACGAUAAAACCACCCCCGAACCCAGCUCUACAGUCGAUUCAUCAACGGAAGCAAGCUCUACAGUGGCACCUUCAAGCUAUGAGACGUAUCCGUCAUAUUCAGCCUCACCAUCCUAUCCUUCCUAUUCAGACUCCUCAGCAUAUCCCUCCUAUAGCCCGACUGCUACUGAGACCACAGAGGAAGAUUCUACUACUGUCAAGACCGUUCUAAAAUCCCUCAGAAUAAAUGCAGUGGCUGAGACUGAAGAGGAUGUUGAAAAGGAAGAAACAACACCAGAUCCCACAACGGAAGAAACUUCUACAGUGGCACCUUCGAACUAUAAGACUUAUCCAUCAUACUCCGCCUCACCGUCCUAUCCUUCCUAUUCAGACUCCUCAGCAUAUCCCUCCUAUAGCCCGACUGCUACUGAGACCACAGAGGAAGAGUCUACUACUGUCAAGACCGUUCUAAAAUCCCUCAGAAUAAAUGCAGUGGCUGAGACUGAAGAGGAUGUUGAAAAGGAAGAAACAACACCAGAUCCCACAACGGAAGAAACUUCUACAGUGGCACCUUCGAACUAUAAGACUUAUCCAUCAUACUCCGCCUCACCGUCCUAUCCUUCCUAUUCAGACGCCUCAGCAUAUCCCUCCUAUAGCCCUACUGCUACUGAGACCCCCGAGGAAGAUCUACUACGGCGUCUCCCCAUGGUGGCUGAGACUGAAGAGGAUGUUGCAGAGGAGGAAACCACCGCCGAUACAACAACGGAAGCAACUUCUACAGCUGCACCUUCCAGCUAUGAGACUUAUCCAUCAUACUCCGCCUCACCGUCCUAUCCUUCCUACUCAGACUCCUCAGCAUAUCCCUCCUAUAGCCCGACUGCUACUGAGACCCCAGAGGAAGAGUCUACUACUGUCAAGACCGUUCUAAGAUCCCUCAAAAUAAAUGCAGUGGCUGAGACUGAAGAGGAUGUUGCAGAGGAGGGAAACCACCGCCAAGCCGAGCUCUACAGUCGCAGAGGCGGAGGCCAGUACUGAGAAGAGCCGGUCCUACCCAUCUUAUACAACCCCUCCAGUCAAUAGCUCUACCGAUGCGCCGAAGAUUACCUCUACAUCGGAUUCACUAUCAUCGUUUAGGGUGAACGCGGUGGCUGUAAGCGAGGACCAGGCACCUGUACAGGUGUAUAAUGCGACGGCAUCGCAGGGGUCACUGUCAUCCGGAAACGCUCCGAAUAACACAAUCGUGGACUAUGUGUCUGGAAAAGAUGGCGAGAACAAGCAGCACAUUCGGGUGUACAACACUGGCAGCCAGGGUAAUGUCAUUAUAUUUAACAUUAAUAAUAACUAAUCGAGUAUUUUGAAUUUCAUCAAAGAACUGAAUUAGAUAAUCCGUUUUAUAAGUCGAUUAAAUUGUUAA